AUGGCAAGACAAGGCACACGGUCCAAUGGCCAGCGGUCGGCCCUGAAAUGUGCAAUCUGCAACAAAGCAUACUCCAAAGCAGAACAUUUGCAGCCAUUUUCCUGUCACAUCUGCGGGCGGCAGUUCAGCAGGCCUGAUUCGGUAACAAGGCACGAGCGGACCCAUACUCGCGUCGAGCCUCAGCACCAGCACCAGCAACAGCAACAGCAAAUUGCCUGGCCCUUGUCUCCCGGCACACCAGAUUAUGCGAACUUCCCAUCCGCUGCUGACCAGCGCCAGAGUAGCAGCUAUCAAGCAGGGUCAAGCAUCGAGGCCGGUUCUAUGCUUGUCGACCCAGCCUUGACCGGCUCUGCGCUCGAUGAUCUCAGCAUUGCUCUAGAAUGGCCCGAUGCGGAAGCCCUCUUGCAAAGCAUCGUCACGUCUGACUGGGGUUCUCUGGCUCUGCCGCCAGGGAGCAUGCCGCCAGCUCACCCACGCCAGCAGCCAGCACCACAGCUCAACCUUCCCUGCAAUGUUGAGUCAAUGCAUGCUGGUGAGAUCCAGGAUGCUGAGCAAUUAUCGCCCCUCAACGGCUCACGAGAGGCAAUUCAAAGUCUCAGUAAUAUGGUCACAAGCCUUUCACAGAACGUCACCUCGGCUGUGGAAGCCCUGCCAGGAUUAAGCUCAGCCUUCCUCGAUAAUUGUCUUCAAGCAUAUUUUUCUCAUUUUAACCCCUACUUUCCGAUUCUUCAUAGGCCCACAUUUGUCUUUCGAGACUGCUCACCAAGUUUAAUACUCAAUGCUAUCGCCCUUGGAUCGUUGUACAUGGGCACAGACGACGCAGUUUCCAAAGGCGAGGUAUUAUGGAGACUCGCACACACUGCCGUAGCUACCUCGUGGCCGGUGCUAUUGCGCCAUCAAGGCCCUUAUGAUUCACACAGAGGCGUUCAGCUGGUGCUGACUGCCCUGCUCGGCCAAUGUUAUGCUAUGAUGUCUGAGAAUACGGACCUCAAACUUACCAGUCAGGUAUUUCAUAGCCUGGGGUUCAACUGGGCAAACCAGAACAACCUAUUUAGACCUUCGCCAUCGCAACAGCCCACUCGCUCUGCAGAACAAGCCAGCGAUGAGCAUGCUUGGGAGAAGUGGGCUGCAGCAGAGGUUCAUCACCGGGCACUCAUCGGCCACUACAUCCUCGACGGUCAACUAAGCUACCUUUCGGGCCGCCCAACAGCCGCGGUUUUGCAUGCAACAAAUAAUCUGAGGCUUUCAGCCCGCUCCAAGGUUUUUCAGGCACAGAAUGCUCAAGAGUGGCGCCAUGAGUUGGAGGAGCAGCAGCCCCAUGAUUCCACAUUUACUUUUUGUGACAUCUACUACGAGCUCUUCUCUGCUAAUCAUCAUGAAGAUGACAGUAGUUCGUGCUUGUACGGCUUAACAAUGCCACUGGACGUCCGUGCCGUGUUGGAAUGUCUGCAUGCUCUAGUGCGGGACAACCGCGAGGCACACUCUUCCAAGUCCAUUGUCAACAUCCCGGCGCUACCUCAAGUGAAGCUGGCUUUAGUGCGGGUAUUUCAGCUUUUGACCAAUACCUGGUCUUUGGACCAUACUGAGCGUCUAGAGCUGACAAUCCAGUGGCACUUUGUCUGUUUGGAUCUACUCUGCAACUCCAUUGAGCUUCUUGACCAGACCUGUCGCCAUCUGCACAUCAGUCAACACAUCUUCAAGACAAGGAACAGCGGAGUAGAGCUAAAGGAUUCACUAAAUUGGAUCAGAGGAUCCACCGAUGCCAAAUACGCUUUUCUACACGCCGUAGCUAUCCAGGACUUGAUCGGUCAGCUCCCUUUCAAUCGCAUCAAUACCUUUUGGAUGCCCAUACCUCUCUUCGCCACAUCCAUCCUUUACUCGCUUUUCCGCUUGAGCGGCGUGGCAUCCGUUUCUGUUCCCACAUCUGUACACUGGGAGUCUACACUAAUUGCCCAACCAAGCAUUGGAGAAGCGCCAGAAAGCCUCGGACGCGACUUAUCUUGGAGAAAGACACAAAGCUUUCUCUUAUCGGAUUUGGCAAUGCCAAACUACACCCUAGGUCCAGCACGCAAUAUACCUUUUGAUAUGAAAAAGAUACAAAUGAUGAUGCAUGGCCUUGCUAUUCAGUGGGGGGUGGCGGUUGAAAUGGAGACAAUAUUAUCACGUCUCGCAAGCCUAAAUCCUUUGAAAGAUUGA